CAGCUCACACUGGGAUCAACGGGCCUGCGCACCCGAACUCAUCACGUGCCCGCGCACCGUCGGAUGAGCGUUAGUACGGUUCAUUCCACCUCUAGAGACAACAAGUGUCACUGGAGACAUGUUUAACCGGGACAACAAGACGUAACAGUACUUUACGAGACUAUCCGAAUUUACGGGACUAUCCGAAAUUUGGACUUCUGUCGUUGCAGUUUUUUUCUUUCUUUCAGACGGUGGAGACAGGUCACCACCUCUUUUCUCUCUCUCUCUCAUUCCGUGUUCUUUUACCCUUUUAUUUGGAGUGAGGACUAGUCUCAAGACAUGCUGUGGAGAGCGGGGCUCGUGUUGCUGCUGUGUUGGGGCAGCACCGGGGAGCUACGUCAUCAACCCCGGGACUCCCCGGAAUGUAAAGACCCGACGAGCAAACUGCAGGCAGACUCCGCGUCCGUGAGCACGCGGCAGCAGCGGUCCCCGCCGCCGGUAGAACCCCUAGACUUUGGGUUCGUGCCCUCCGGUGUGUACGACACGCACGCCUACUACGAGCCCGGUGCCAUCGGUGUUCUGUUCCACAUGGUGCACGCGUUUCUUUACGUGGUCCAACCGAACCCCUUCCCGAAAGAUCUCAUCGUAAAAGUCAUCCAACAGAACAUGGGAGGGAUAAAACUGGAAGACUAUCGCAAGCCAGAGAACGUUGUCUUAAUGCUACAGACGAUCUACUAUGAGGCGGGCUUCCUGGUGUGUGUGAGUCUGGGCUGUGUAUUCCUGGUGUUGACCCCCGUGGUAGGACUGUGUUUCUGUGUGUGUCGCUGCUGUGACAACUGUGGAGGGGAGAUGCACCAGAGACAGGGGAAGAACCCAGACUGUCAGAGAGGAUUCUACACGGCCGCUCUCAUCACCACCUCCAUAUUCAUCACGACUGGGGUGCUGAUAGCGCACGCUGCCAACCACAACAUCACGUCUCAGAUCAAGUCAACACGACGUUUCAUCAGCACCAACAUGAGAGACCUGAAGUGCUUUCUACUUAGUGUCCUGCAGCAAAUUGACCAUCUGACGGCCCAGUACACUACAGCUAAGAAUAAAGUCCUGUCAGACCUGGACAACAUCGGGCCUCUGUUGGGUGGGAGGAUCCAGACUCAGCUGGAGAAGGAGGUAGUUCCUUCUCUGGACACAGCUCUGCGCAUGGCUGGAGGCAAAGUGGAGAACGCCGUUAAAGCUCUGCGUGAGUCUAAGGAGGCGUUGGAGAGUGUUAGUUCGUCGUUGGACGUUCUUCAUGAGGGAACGUCUCGUCUGGCGCUCCGUCUGACGUAUGAACGGACCUCCCUGUCCAACACCCUGUCUGAUCCGGCCUGCACCAACGGAGCUGUUUCACGCACCUGCAACAAUAUCCGCAUUACACUCCCACAGCUGGGAAUCAACAGCAACUUCUCUGGGUUACCAGACGUCAGUCCCCAGUUGGCCAGUUUAGAGAUUGUCCUGAAGACAGACCUCAGCAACAUUUUACAGAAG